AUUUGUUAUUGUUUUGCGUAACUUACAGCCUGAUCUAAGUUCCAAAUAAAUCAAGUAAAAUGGCGGACAAUAGUCCAUGGGCACAGUUUGUGUGUAUAAGUGAAGAAGAUGGUCUUAUUAUUCCAAUAACUAGUGAUGUAUUUUCCGUCGGCAGAGCCAAAGCUUGUGAUCUCUCAAUGCCAGAUAAUAAGUGCAUAUCAGGGAGGCAUUGCAAUCUCUUCAGGAAAAACAAUACCGUUUGGCUAGAGGACACAAGCACCAAUGGUACAUGGUUGAAUGGAGUCAAGAUUGGCAAAGGACAGAAGCAAAGACUGUUUCACAAGGAUGAAAUAGCAGUGGUUCAUCAAGACGGCAAUCAGGGAGCCAAAGAUAUAGUGUACCGAUAUGAAGAUCUUGCAUUGCUGGAAGCUGAACGAGAAAGUCUGGAUCAAACACAAGAAAUGAGCAAUCCAGAUGAAAAUACAGAAGACUAUGUAUUUGAAGACAUAAACAAAAGGGGAGAGGAAUCCAGGAAGCGGAAGAAGGGUGAUGAUUCUGAGGACACAGAUGAACCUGCUGCUAAAAGGCUUGAAGGAGAAGAGGGGGAAGAGUUUGAUAAAAAGAAGGAAAAUACACCUGAAAGUUCUCAAAAAAAGUCUUCGGGCAAUCCGAAUUCAAGCCUAGUAGAUGAUCACAUCAAAGGAACUGCUGAAGCAAUAGAUGAUGCUGAAAAGGAUAGGACCAGUGGAAAAGGAGAUGGGGAUGCAGAGGAAAGAGGAAGAGAGGAAAAGGAUGCUACAGGUGGUAAGGAAGAUGGAGAGGGAGAAAAGAAGACGAAAGAAGAAGGGGCCAAACCUCAGCAGGAGGAUGAAGAACAGGAUGAAAUCCUGGAGACCCUGAUAUGUAGCAUCUGCCAAGACAUACUGCACAAAUGUAUCAGUCUUCAACCUUGUAUGCAUAGUUUCUGUGCAGCAUGUAUAUCAGGAUGGAUGAAACAUUCAAAGAGAUGUCCCCAAUGUCGAAAAAGUGUCAAGCGAUUCGGCCACAAUUAUAUCGUGAACAGCUUAGUGGAUGCCUACCUAAAGCAAAACCCAGAUAAACAGAGGACAAAGGAAGACUUGGAGGAAAUGGAUGCACGCGGCAAUGUUCCAUGCAAUAUGACCUUAGAAUACGAUGCUUUGGACAGUGACGAUGAAGAUGGCGACUACGAUCCAAGUGAGGAAGAGGAAGAGGAAGAGGAGCAGGAGGAGCAGGAGGAUGAGGAUCCCCAACCACCUGCCUGUAGACAAUGCCCACACUAUGUACAGGCCUUGGAUAGGAAUGCUGUGAUGUCACUCCAAGCCACCCUGGAUCCAUCAACAAGCUGUGCUGCAACGUCAGGUUUAGUUCGUUAUUUUGAUAUUUGAAGUGUAUGGCAAGUGGGAUGAAAAAAUAGCUGUGUGCAGUGCACCAAAGGUUAUACACAAGAUGGCAAUAGGCCUCGCCCCCUUUUUGAAAUUAUGCCCACCCGCCAAAGGUUGCAAAGCUCCCCUGCGAAUUUU